AUGUCUGAUCCAGCCGCAUCUAUUUCAACUGGUUUGGAAAAUAUCAUGAUCUCUAGUGAUCCUCCCGAGACUUCCGAACAUAGAACUACUAUUCAACAUGAUGAACAUAUCGCCCGGUUGACUCAAAAGAUUGAGGAUCUACGUGGAGAACUGAAUCGGGUUAGGGACUUGACCAAUUUAUCCAUCACACUCCAAAGUCCACCUCCUGAACCUAGAAAUGUCACACCAAACCCACCUCGUUUUCCAUCACUUGAAUCUCCAGUUCCUGAACAUUUCCCUCCACAAAAUAAUACACCUACCAAUAACAACUUUCUUCCAAUCACCCCUGCAAAUCCAUCAUCCGUCUAUACUCCUCCACAAAGUCAACCACCCACCCACACUACCUAUGCUACUCCUAAUCCACCACCCGUCAACCCACCAAGUCAAUCGCUAGUUCACACUUCUUAUGUUCCUUUAUCCACUAACACUAAUCCACCACCUACAACUACUCCUCUAAACCCACCAAACCAACUACCUAUAAAUACCACUUAUAACAAACCACCUCCAAUCCAAAACACUCCCACCGUCCAAACUUAUCCAACCCAGCAUAUACAAGGGGCAUAUUUUGUCACUCCUAACGCGCAAUAUGUUCCUCCGGUAUAUGCAGCGGAAAUACAAGCCUUUACCAACUGA